AGAACAGAGCAGAAAGAAACAGAGCCUCUUCCGUGUAAAAAGCAAGUAGGCAUUAAUUUAUUUAUCCAUUAAUUGACAUCUCGCCUGCGCAUAUAAAUACCAAUCACCCACUUCCCAAAAUUCUCUCCAUCCCAAUUUCAUUUUUGCAUAUGUGCUUUACUUUGGAAAUUGUUGUUGAUCAUCUAUAAUGAGCAAUAUUCCAAGAUCUUUGACAGACUCUGCUCUCACCCUCUUCAACCUCGCCAUCUCCUCCUCUGAUCCCUGGCCUUUUUCCCACUUCUUCUCCUAAUUAAGUAAUUAACCCUUCAAUCACCAUCCAAUUCGCUAGAAUUUUCCGUUUGUUUCUCGGGAAUCCGGAGAUGGGGUUCGGCGGAGACCACAAGAGCUUCCACCUGCACUUUCCCCUGCACCACCACCACCACCAUCACGAUCAUCAGAAGGACAGCAAUGGCGGAAUUAGCAGAGAAAUCCCAAAAGGGUGUCUGGCGAUCAUGGUGGGCCAAGGAGAAGAGCAGCAGAGGUUCAUAAUUCCGGUGAUCUACGUGAACCAUCCCCUGUUCAUGCAGCUGCUGAAGGAGGCAGAGGAGGAGUAUGGGUUCGAUCAGAAGGGUCCAAUCACCAUCCCCUGCCACGUUGCAGAGUUCCAGCACGUCCAGGGCAUGAUCCACCAGGAGCAGCUCCACCCCCAUCACCACCACCAUAUCUGGUGUUUUGGGGUUUGAAUUUUUUCUCCUUUUUUGGGUGAAAGAUUCAAGUUUGUGGGUAUGUGGAUUAUUAAUUAAAUGGCUUGCUUGAUUUGGCUUUGUGAUUAUUAUCUCUCACCAAAAAAUGUAAAUUUGUGGUUUGUGGUUUUGUUUUUUUGGGUUUGAUUUUGUUCAUGUAAGUUGUAGAAGAUGAUGACGAAAGAAUGACAUUAUACAUGAUUCAUUUGAAGAAGAAGUUGUACCUAUUAAGUUAUAUAUAAUCAAUUAUUUUCAUUUUUAAA